ACUACAGCGAGAGAAAUUUCCGCUUCCUGCACCGAUAAACACCCCCAACCAGCAGCACCAAGUUGGGACAGCGAGAGGACACACACACUCGGGGAUUUUACCGCCUGCUUUCGGGUUUAAACGGUUUAAACCCCCCCACUACGACUGCCAUGUUGUCACUAUUAAGCGGCGAAUAGCAGCAAACGGCUAAAAACUCUCCGUUGCUACGUGACACGGAGCGUUUUACGCAUUACGAGGAAAAAAUAAGCAAGACAAAAAAAAAGGACACACGGAGAAGCAAGGCUACUACCGGUAUUCCUCCUCCUCUUAGCCCCGACUUGAAAGCUCUUUUUCAGCCUCCAGGAUGUCGGAGCGAGGAGGGCUCCCGCGGACUGGGGGCGUCCCUUCGCCGCACAUGCAGCCCUCCAAGCCGGUCAGCAUCACCUCCAACCGACCGGUCCACAUGAACCUUUACGCUACCUGGGAAGUGGACCGGUCCUCACCCAGCUGUGUGCCGAGGCUGUUCAACCUGACUCUGAAGAAGCUGAUCAUGCUGAAGGAGCUGGAUAAAGACCUCACCUCCGUGGUCAUCGCCGUCAAGCUGCAGGGCUCGAAGAGGAUCCUGCGCUCCAACGAGAUCCUGCUGUCCUCCGCAGGCCUGACGGAGACCGACCUGCAGCUCACCUUCUCCCUGCAGUACCCACACUUCCUGAAGAGGGACGCCAAUAAGCUUCAGAUCAUGCUGCAGAGACGGAAGAGAUACAAGAACCGAACCAUCCUGGGCUACAAGACCCUCGCCCUGGGUCUCAUCAACAUGGCAGAGGUGAUGCAGCACCCCAGUGAGGGGGCUCAGGUCCUGGGGCUGCACAGCCAGCUGAAGGAUGCCUCGGUGCCAGUCGCUGAGAUCAGAGUGUACUCCCUGUCCAGCCAGCCCAUCGACCACGAGGGACCCAAAGCAAAGAUGUCCGAUCGCUCUCCAGACAUCGACAACUACUCCGAGGAAGAGGAAGAGAGCUACUCGUCAGAACAGGAAGGCAGCGACGACCCCAUCCACGGACAGUAUCUAUUUGACGAAGAGGACGAGGUGAGGAAGAAGAAACCGAGGCGCAAGCUCCCUUCAAACGCCGCAAUCACCCGACAACCCAACAUUAAGCAGAAGUUUGUCGCCUUGCUGAAGAGGUUUAAAGUCACUGAUGAGGUUGGUUUCGGCCUGGAGCACGUGUCGAGGGAGCAGAUCCAGGAGGUGGAGGAGGACCUGGACGAGCUCUACGACAGUCUGGAGAUGUACAACCCCAGCGACAGCGGGCCGGAGAUGGAGGAGACCGACAGCAUCCUCAGCACGCCCAAACCUAAGCUAAGGCCGUUCUUCGAGGGAAUGUCUCAGUCCAGCUCUCAGACGGAGAUCGGCAGUCUGAAUAGCAAAGGCAGUUUGGGUCGAGACACUUUCAGCCCGCAGGGGGAGCAGCCUCCUAUAGAGAAGAUGAAGCCCUCCCGCAGCCGCAACCUGGACGAGCCUCUAUCUGAGACCGACACACUGGAGCUAACAGAUCAAGAGCUGUUUGCUGAGGUGGGCCCCUGCAUCACGGUGUCAGUGGCAGAGAAACCCCGUACGCCUCUGAAGAGCAGCAAAAGUGAAAGCCAGGCCAUGCCAUCACCAAGGUUGGACGGAGGCCACACGCCCCGGCAGAAGCGCAUCAGCACCCCCAUGAAGGAGAGACAGCUGUCCAAGCCUCUGAGUGAGCGCACCAACAGCUCCGACUCAGAGAGAUCCCCGGAGCUGGGUCACAGCACGCCCCUCCUGAGGAAGGUGGUGUACGACCAGCUGAACCAGAUUUUGUUGUCAGACUCCGCACUCCCCGAAAGCCUCAUCAUGGUCAAUGGCACCGACUGGCAAGGGCAGUAUGUCGCAGAGCAGCUGCAGGUACAGAGACACCCGGUGGUUUGCACGUGUUCCUCGGCCGAAAUCCAGGCGGUGCUGUCGGCCGUGCUCACCCGCAUCCAGAAAUUCUGUAACUGUAACUCGUCCAUGCCCAGAGCGGUGAAGGUGGCGGCGGUGGGCAGCCAGAGCUACCUGGGAGCCAUCCUGCAGUUCUUCGUCACUCAGCUCGCCAGCAAGACGUCCGAUUGGCUCAACCACAUGCGCUUCCUGGUCGUGCCUCUGGGCUCUCACCCGGUUGCCAAGCACCUCGGCGCCCUUGACAACCGCUACAGCUCCUCCUUCCUGGACGGGGCGUGGAGAGACGUGUUCAGCCGCUCUGAGCCACCACAGACAGAUCAGCUGGAUGUAGCGGCAAGAAUCUCACAGUACAUCAGCGGAGCCACCGUCACACACCAGCUUCCCAUCGCUGAGGCCAUGCUCACCUGCAAACACAGGACGCGAGAUGAGGACUCCUACCAGAAGUUCAUUCCCUUCAUAGGGGUGGUUAAAGUCGGUCUUAUCGAGUCGGGUCCGUCUCCAACAGGAGAUACAGAAGAGGGCGUGGCGGUGAGCUUGGCCGUCCCCUCCACAUCUCCCCCCUCCCACGGCUCCCCCACUGGGAUGAUUAAAGAGGCGGCUACACCCCCCUCCUCCCCCUCAAUGGGCAGCGUACUGACAGUACAAGGGAGUCCCAGCAUGUCUCAUGGCGUGGAUGCCAUCGGCCUGCAGGUGGACUACUGGCUGGCGUCUCUGGCGGAGAAGCGGCGGGAGGGUGAGCGGCGCGACACGGGCUGUAAGAACACGCUGAAGAGCGCCUUCCGCUCGCUGCAGGUCAGCAGGCUACCAGGUGGGGGCAGCAACGACGCACAGGCCCAGGUCAGCACCAUGGCUAUGACCGUGGUCACCAAGGAGAAGAACAAGAAAGUUCCCACCAUCUUCCUGGGGAAGAAGCCAAAGGAGAAGGACGUAGACUCAAAGAGCCAGGUCAUCGAAGGCAUCAGCCGACUCAUCUGCUCCGCCAAGCAGCAGCAGACCUUCCUGAAAGUGGCGAUAGACGGCGUGGAGUGGAACGACGUGAAGUUCUUCCAGCUCGCCGCCCAGUGGCCCACUCACGUCAAAUACCUUCCUGUCGGACUUUACGGCUACAGCAAGCCCCCCUCCUAGGGCGAGCACCAGCCGACUCCUCUGAACCUGACUUGACCUUCGACUCUCGUUGAUCCUGUAACACGGAUGCGCAAAGACCCCGCCCCAGAUCAGAGGGAAGACGCUGAUGGGCCGGACAGUUUUUCUUUCUUUAGUUUCAUUUUGGUGGCAGUCGUCUUAUCCGUCAGGAGGAGGAAGAGGGUGGUGUGGGGGUGCUGCGUUGUUACUAGUCACUUUAAUGCCCUUUUUCUGUGUGUGUGUUGUGUGUGUGUGUGUGUGUGUGUGUGUGUGUGUAUGUGUGUGUGGCGAGUGUGCAUGCACACGUGAAUGUACAGUGUGUGCGUGUGUGUGUGUGUGUGUGUGUGUGUUUGUUUACUUACAAGGGGCUUACAGCACAAGUUUAUUAGCCAACUGCCAUUUACGUUUCCGUUCUAUGGAAUGCAAUAGCAUGCAACAACUCACCGAUUUCAAGCCCUUAAAGUCCAACCCUCGACUCUCGCUUUCCUUCAAGACCCGAUCCACACACGCAUGCUCCAAACUAAGCGAUAUACCACUCACGUGCCGGAACAGAAAUAAAAAAAGUUACACAACAGGGCUUCAGUGUUUGCAUGAGUCGCUGAAACACAACGGAAAGUGUCCUGUGCUCACACAAUGCAGUCAAACAAAAGGCUUGCAUGUGAUUCCUCCACCUGUACUCCAGUACAUCCACAGAUGCCCUUAAAGCAAGCCCAUCAUUACCGUUUUUUAUUUCAAGGGCUUCCAUAUAAUUUAGAAUAUGUUUUUCUGUACCAAAAUAAGUGAUUUGGAUGUGAAAUGCCAAACAGAAAAUAAUAUAUAUAAAUGGGGAGUGUCUUUUUUUAUUUGUGCUCUUGUGAACAAUAGAUUUUGACGCUGUUUUGUGAUGCAUAGUGUACGUUUUUGUGAAGAGUUCCAGGAUUUCGAAGCAGGGGAUACUACAUCGUGCGGUUUUCUUUAUCUUCUCAGUUGCUAUGCACAUGUACAAAGACGCAUCUGGGUGUUUUGCAGAGCACGGCUGGUAAAAACAGAUCAACACAAGCGAAUAUGCAACGAUGAAAUGCAUAAACCAGCCGAAAAAGAUGCAUAAACUCUGCUUUUCCGUGAGUAUCUUCACCGCAAAUAUAGGAUGUUUAACACCUGCAAUAAAGCACAAAGUCGUAUGCCAGUUGUCCCCAAAAUAAAAUGAUUUAUUGGCAACAGGAUGGCAGCUUUUACUUUAGUGAAAACAGCAGACCUGGUCCAAGAGGAUCUUAUUUUUUAGGCUUUUUCCAUUUAUUCUUAAGACAUCAAUAGUUAAUUUUAUCAGGAAAAAAUAAGUAAAUAUUUGGGUUGAUGUGAGUUAUUUUGGCGCAGGUCUGCUUCAUGCUUUCUCUAAGAUGUCGUGAGGUGAUUAGUGAGAGUACAGUAACCGGUAACAGUGUGUGUGUGUGUGUGUGCGUGUGUGUGUGGUGAAAUAAAUGUAAUGUUGUUGGAAACUUUGAAAAAAAAAAAAUCACUAAAUAGGGGGAAUACUUUUUCUAACGUGUGUGUGUAUGUGUGUGUGUGUGUGGAUGGAUGUGUGUGGAUGUGGAUGAGGUCACUAUCAACAUCAUUGAUUAUCUGAUCAGGGCUGCAGUGGUCAUCCUGUUUACUUUGUAUCGUGGCACAAGGCAGGUUUUUAUCACCACUAAGUACAAAAUCAUACGAUAAAAUUCAAUUGAAUAAAUAAAAAAUAUUUCAAAUUUGGCGCAAAUCCAAGAAUGUAUCUGCAAUGGUGGUUUAAAAUAAUUGAUCUAAUCCUCGUUCUAAUUUAAUUUCACGAGCCUGUGUACUUUUGCCUUGUGCCGCCUGCAUCGUAACACUCUCCAUGUCCAGUAAAGUAUUAGAAGUAUUGUUUUUUUAAUCGUGUUAAUGCCAACAUCUGGAUUUAAAUGCUGUUUUUGUUAGUUUGAUUUUAUUUGUCCCUGAUAUUACAGUGUUACGGCACCUGUUACACGAUGGGUUCAAACUAAAGGAUUUGCUUGUGUGUUCUCUGGCUGUUCUGACUAUCAGCUCGAAACUCAAACACUCAGUUUGGUGUUGAUUGAUUAUAAGUCCUUCCAAAUAUUUGAAUGUAUUGCAUUUAGUUUACAGGUGCAGCUUUCAGGCACAGGUAGAUGUGUUGCUAGAAGGUGGUGUUUGGCCUAAAACAGACUUAUGUGCAUUCAUUCUAAAGUCUACAGUAACGGUUGAAUUUACCCAAAGUUUUUUGAGUUAAGGGCUUGACAGAAAGACAGGGUUUCAUUGUUCCUUAAUAUAAGCAAGGGUCGACGUACUGUACUCUAAAAUGUUAAAAUACCCUAUCUUAAAAAGUGAACAUAAUUUGCAGUUAUUAAAGUUAACCCUAAGACGUUUGCUAAGAAAACAACAAUCAUCACUGGACCUCUUUAAGGUAACAUGUAUAAGCUUUUAUCAUUUGCCACUAAUUACUUUAUUAAAGUUAAGUUAUUAUCACAAUGUGAAAGGUGUGGCUCUUAGGGACAAACCCCCUGAAACGCCAACCAAUCAGAGCAGAGAGGUUCUUAAAGACAGGCGCUAAAACAGAGCGUUUCAGACGAAGGGUGAAUACAGGUAUAUUCAAACAGGAAAAUAAUCUGGUUUUUGAACAAUAAACAUAUUUACAUGUUCUGGUAGAAACUAACAAUACAUUAUGAACCUAAAAAAAUAGCAUGCUAUGUCCCCUUUAACUUGCUUUUUCCAUUGUAACAGCUUUUUGCUUAUCUGGUUUUAACAUUCGAUAAAGGAAUUAGUGGCAAAUUAGGUUUUGAAGUGAACCAUGUUUUAAAUUCAAAAAAUGGAUUUAAAAACAAGAAAUCUUUCCAAAACGACUAGAUGGAAUAAAAAUGCUUGAUCUUUUUAAACUUGAACUAUAUCAGUGGGGUAAACUCUCUUCUGUUUACUAUCCAAAACAGUCUUUGCCUUGUAGUGUUGUUGCUGUUAUUGUUGCAACGAUGUGAAUCCAAACUUUUCCUAGAAGGUUUACAGGCCGAGUUUUUGAUGCCUCUUCUUUCGCAGCCUUCACAGAGAGGUUGGAGGUCAGCUGGCACUCACUGAUUGAGCUGAACUUGGAUUUAUAACAAAAUCACUGCCAACACUAAAAUGUGGCUAUAUUCAGCUAGAUUUGUGGGUUUCUUUGGAUCUCUGAAAACACAUAAACAACAAAGCGAUCCUUGUUAUGAAGUCAACAUUUUAAAGUUUGGAGCAACUUUUUUUCUCAUCUUUCAUCGACAACAGUUCCCAACAUUGUUCCAGUUUACACGUUUUCCUACAGUCUCUGGUUGUUCUGUAUGUAAGACUUGAAUUUGUUCCUAUGUGUUUUUACCUGUACCUCUGUACCUGUGUGUGUUUGUGACGGUGUAUCGAUGGUUCCUCUGUCCUUGACUAGUCGUGGUUAGAGAUUCGGAGCCGUUUGUUCCAUCAAUAAUCUCCGUCAGUGAUCAGCAGUGUCUUGUCCCUCCACCGUCCUCUCUCUGACGAUGAGAGAGUUUUUUCACCAGGCUUCCACAAGCUUAGCUUUCUAAAAUGACUUGACAUGAUUUUGUCCACAUUCCCUGACAGCUUGUAUAUUCUGCCGUAUGUCUUCAUGGGAACCAAAUUUGCCUAAGCAGUAGAUUUCUGCCUGACGAGGUUCAGAGCGUCCUAAGCUUGUGGAGAGUAUUUUGCACAUGCCAUUGUUUCUUCAGCAGCAGUCUUCAGCUUUUUUGCCUUUUGCCUAUAACAAUAAUUCUAAUAAUAAACUAUAAUGCUUGUACAUAUCAGAUAGUACUUGUAAUAUUGUAUUCUAGUUCUGUUUUUUUGUUUUGUUUUUCUUAAUUUGACAUGUUUUGUAGUACUGCUUUUUCAUGAUUACGUUUGUCAAUCAAACAGAUGUGGGAUGAAAAGUGGAAGUGUUCAUUGUUUUGUUUUUUUAAUAAAAAUAUUCCUGAUUUGUA